AUGUCCCAAGGAAAUCCCCUUCGAGUCCUAGUCAUCGUCUCGCACCGGAGUUCUCAGAUAACCAAAGCCCAAAACAACCCAGAAGCCCUCCUACCAAAAGCCAUCCGCCUCCUCAAAUCAUGCCACCUGUACCUCCCACAAGAAGCUCGCCCAGCAACAAAGUUAGUGGCAGCUCAGAAGUGGCGAACGCGAGUAUUCUUCGUCUUCGACAUCUGCCACACGGCCUACGACGCCAAUCUCGGCCAUCUGCCCGAGCAGAAUAAGCUCCCCGUUGCUGUUGUUCAUCUUAGCAAAAGGAACACGGCCUAUGAGGCGAAUGUGUGGUUGUCGAAGAGGGUAAACAGAGAUAUCGCUCUGUUUCACAAUGCGAAUGGCUUCGGGGCUGUGCCACCCUUUGUGGAGGAUCAUACCGUGGGAAAGCCACCUGAGUAUAUGAACCCGAGGGAUAUUUCACUCUUGCAGGCCUCUUGCGUUUGA